CAAAUGGAAGAUGUGGGCCUUUCAACUGCGCGACCCCUACCCCAAUUGCACUCCUCCAAACACAGCAUCAACAUCCUCCUACAUAUCACCACCCACAACCCCGAUCUCCAUAUUCCACUGUUCGGAAUUGGUCUCCCUCGAUACAGUUCCUGGAAUAUGGCGGCGGAAGAUUCUCAAGACGUCCCAAUGGGAUCGCCUCCCGAACCGCCUGCUCAAGUAGACCAAGAGCCCAAAUAUGGUGGCUAUUCACGAUUCGAGGUUGAGCUUGAGUUUGUUCAGUCCCUCGCAAACCCGGCCUACCUCAACCAUCUUGCCUCCCAGAAGCUUCUCAGCCAACCCGCCUUUGUCGCAUAUCUUGCCUACCUACAAUACUGGAGCAAACCGCCGUAUCUCAAGUACCUAACGUACCCCGGCCCGACACUACGACAUCUCGAGCUCCUCCAGCAGGAGACGUUCCGGCAACAGAUCAUCAGCCCUGAUGUCGUGAGGGCACUAAUGGAGGAGGGCAUGAAGGCAUCAGUCGAUUGGCACCGAGAGAGCUAGAAGGUCCCUGCCAAGCUGAACAGCCCUUCGCAGGAUGGUACGAAAGGCACGAGUAACAACAAGAGGACUCAGGAUGACCCUGUGAACGAAAGUAUGCCUGACACCCCGCGAAAGCGAAAAACCCCACGCAAGAAAAAGAAGCAUUCCGUUAUCAAGAACAGUGCGACGCCUGGUGGAACAGAUUCUUAAACACCUCUGAAAGACAAGUAUGAUGGCCCAACUCCGUUUCUCCUCGCACAAAGAAAACCCUUUCGCUACAAAAUCCAAAGGAAUCCUUCCCCAAACUCAGUUUUCUCUCCACCGGUGACCACAGGUCAUGCACUUGUAAAAACUCGUCAUGGGCUCAUCAGCACUACGAAUCUGGACCUGGAAGAAUGCUGCCUCAUCUCCCUCGCACCCUUCGUUGGGACACUGAACACGACCCUUUUGCGCAUUGUCCCAGGCGCCAGGACCGCCAAAGACAUCUUCCUUCUCGACACGCUCGUACAUCCGUCGCGAAAAGACGGGCUCGGUGAUGUGAUGUUCGAAAGGGCAAGUUCGGCAUUCGAGACGGUUGGUUCGUGUAUUUGUGAGGGAGACGGUGAGGAUGUUUGCGCAAUGGGGGCAGACUGGAGUCUGUUAGUUUGGAAGAGGCGCAUCAAUUUUGGGACUCCUACAGAGCAACAUGAUGACGGUUGCUAUUGACGUGGGAGAGAGAAACGGUUUAUUUGCUUAGGGGCGACGUUGGUUUGCUUGAGGUGGGCCCUUUUAUUUGGUAGUUGUCGUGGAUUGAGGUGCGGUUGAAUAGACAAACGAUCUUGAAUUGAGGUAUGACUAUUUUUUUCUUUUUUCAUUUU